CCAACGUUCACCAAAAAGAACCGUUCAUUCACGACGGAGUCACAACGUGCUCGUUUCAAUCAGAAAGCGUGUUUUUGGUGUAGUGGCAGGGAGUUGCUAUGGAGAGCCUUGGGAAGAAGUUCAAAGAGCUGUCCAUCUCCCGGCGUGUCCAGCCAGAGGAGCCUACUUACCUGCUGGACUUGUCCAUUCAGACUGUCUCUGGUCCAGGGCUGGUGGCUGUAUGCUGCUCAAACCACUCUAUUAAUCUGCACAGUAAGGAAAACCUCUGCCUGCUAAUGGAGUACCAGGGCCAUAGUGGUGCAAUCUGUGGGGUGAGCUUUGCCCACACCUCCUCAUAUCUGCUAUUCUCAGGCUCAGCUGAUGGAACAGUGAAAACAUGGGACGUCCGCUGUCCUGGGUCAGAGGCAACACAGGUGUUUAAGAGUGACGCCUCCCAUCUCUUUUGCAGCUUUGAUGUGAGCUGCAAUGAUGUAGUGCUGUGUGCGGGAACUGAGCAGCUGGACGAAGAUGAUAGCUUCUUGGUUUUCUGGGAUGCCCGCAUGAACAAGGAGAAAAAGGGAGGGGUUCUUGGGGUGUACUCUGAGUCCCACAGCGAUGACAUCACGCAGGUUCGUUUCCACCCUCGACAUGCAGACCGCCUGGUGUCUGGCUCAACCGAUGGUCUGGUGAACGUGUUUGACCUGAGCCUGGGUGCAGAGGAAGAGGCCCUGCUGGCCACCUGUAACUGUGGCUCCUCUGCUAGCUCAGUGUGCUGGGCGGGGAAGGACUUGAACCAGCUGCUUUGCCUCACCCAUGAUGAGGGACUCCAUCUGUGGGACCUGGGUCAGCUGGAUACAGACAAGCCCCUCACACUCUUCAGUGCUGCUGAUGCCCGCAACCAGACCCCUCUUUCCAAUCAGGGGGGCCUGGAUUACUUUGUUGGUGGAACUUGGCUAGAGGAGGCAGGGCACUUACUAGUUUUAGGUGGGACAAAUCGUGGGGAUAUCCACCUCCUGGAGUGCAGUGAGAAGGGCCUGAGUCUGCUGAGUUCCCCACAGAAGGGCCACUCUGCCGUGGUGCGCUGCUUCCUCUGGGACUCUGCCGGGGAAGCCCUGCUUACGGGAGGGGAGGACGCGCAGCUUCUUCUCUGGAAGCCAGGAGCUGAAGAGCUCAGUUCAGGGAAGAACGAUUCCCUAAAGAGUGCCUCUGCAUUACAUAUUAAAUCUAGACUACACAAGAAGCAUGGUUCUAAGAGGAACAAGAAGUUAGAAGUUUGAGUUGGCUGAAAAAUGAAUUUCAGUAUUCAAUCAGUAUUCCUCUUGCACUGAAAAAGAACUUGUUUGGAUUCAUUUAAUCAACUAAACUGCUUCACGUGUUUUUGUAUUCAUGUUAUUAUGAGUCAAUUUUAUUAUAUCUGUAUAUAUUGCUGUAUUUUAUAUAUUGCUGGUAUUCAUUACAAAAGUAAUACUUAUUUGCUUAUCUAAUACACACUCUCCAAUCACAUAACAAACAUACAAAGUGGGUUAGAGUGGCAACGGUUUAAGACCAAAGCAUUCGGUGCAUCUUUAUAUUGAGAGGAGCAGAUUUCAUUUCACUCAAAUGGCAUAGAGUGGAAUAACAUGAUAGUUGCUGUGCAGUUACUCUGCGGUGUAUGUAUGCCCCCUCAUGUGUAGUCCUUAGACAAGUGGAGUGUUAAUGGGGGUUACAUUUCAAAGCCUUAAGGGUAGAGUUUAACUAUCAGUUCAUUAGGUUAUGUGUCAGCUAUCAGUCCUGGGGAAUGAGAACUACAUGUAACCUUGUUUUUCUAGUAAUUGAAAUACAUUUGGCAAUAGCUUGAUGGUAGUUUUAACUGAAUUCAGAUCCAGGUAGUGUUUUCACUAAUUGAUAACGUUCUUUGUCAUGUGUUGGUGUAGUUAAAUACUGGAAUAAAACUCUACUUUUGA